GUGUGGGAUGCGACCUCUGAUGCUAUGAUAACCUUCAAUGAAGACUAUCUAGCUGAUGAAAUCGCUUACGUAGUUGAGAACGAUAUCGUUCUUCAUGCUCUAGAUCAAGAGCUCGAGGACAAAAUAAAUCUCAAUGUUAUCUACAACGCCAAAGUUGAAGACAUUUAUCUGCCAUGUAAGCGCGGGGAGAAUUCUAAAAUCAAACUUCAGAGUGGAGAAGAAUUCUCAACAAAAUUGUUGGUGGGUGCUGAUGGAGUUAAUUCUCGAGUGAGACAGGCCAUGGGGAUUCAGUAUGUCUCCUGGGAUUAUGAACAAAUGGGGGUUGUUGCUACACUCAAAUUAUCAGAGCCAACAGAAAAUGUAGUCGCUUGGCAGAGGUUCCUUCCAACUGGUCCUAUAGCAUUACUCCCUCUCUCAGAGAAUCAAAGUUCUCUUGUCUGGUCUCUCCCUACUAAUCAAGCCAAAAAUCUCUUAAAAGUACCUGAAGAGGACUUCAUAGAUGCCAUAAACGAUGCUUUAUGGAAGGUUUACCCGAAAAAUAGUGUAGUGGAGGGUGGAAUGAGUGCUCUCCAGCAGUUACUCGCAGGAUUAUCCCUGCAGACUGGAUUUUCUCGUCAGCUGCAACCAUCCAUUGCUGCAAUAGUCGAAGGAUCGCGGGCUGGUUUCCCCCUGGCGUUUGGACAUGCUGUUAAUUAUACUGCUCAUGGAGUCGUAUUAGUUGGUGAUGCCGCACACAGAGUACAUCCUUUGGCAGGGCAGGGUGUAAAUCUUGGUUUUGGUGAUGUCACUGUACUUGUGAAGAUACUAGAUGAUGCAGUGAAGAGUGGGAAUGUCAUUGGAGAUGUCUUGUAUUUGGCCAAAUACGAAACUCUGAGGCAGAGACACAAUUUGCCGACGAUGAUGGUCAUUGACACUCUCCACAGACUGUAUAGAGGGACAGCAGCCCCAGUGGUACUUGCGAGGAGUUUGGGCCUACAAUUAUUGAAUGCUCUCGCUCCAUUGAAGAGAUGUAUGAUGGAUCAUGCGUCAGAGGUUCCACUCCACCCAUAGCAACAUGGAAUAUUUGUAAUUUUAUCCCGUAGUAGAAUGAUGAAAAAAUUGUCCCGAAUAUUUGGAAAAACAAAAAUCCAUCUUCUUGUAGAGACAGAUUCUCUAUUACAAGGGUUUCCUAAAUUUUUUCUCUAAAUGUGCUUGUUUUCAACAUAUAGCUGCAGCUAUCCGCAAAUUGAUUUUAGAUUAGAUUCAUUUUCCUCAGUGGAAGAGAGGAUUCUCAACAAUAUUUUUUAUUACAAAGGAAUGUCAACAGAGUUUUCUCUCAAAUUAUGCAAUUUCAUUCUAAAAAAGUCCCCUGCAUGUUUUUAUAAUUCCGAAGAUAUUUCGAAAAUAACCAUAAAUUUAUUGUAGAGUUAUGCAUCUUACUUCGCACUUUACUACAUAAUUCAUCGAAAUACUCUAUACAAGUAAUCAUGUGAAAUUGUAAUGAGCGCAAUCGAAUCUAUCAUCUUGUAAAUACAAGUUCCUGUUGUUUUUAACAAGUUUAUAAUUUCGAAUCUUCAUUUCUAAUAGAACAAUUUUUUAAAAUAAAUCACUCCUAUCAGAAAACUAGAUAAAACCAUCAUCAUUUUUUAAUCCAACAUUCAAAUAUAAAAUCAUGAGGAGCAGUUUCUGGUUUGUCAGGACACGUACGAAAAACAGCUAAUUUAAAGAUCUCACGCAUUCGCUAGACAAUUCUAUUGAAUUCCUAUUGAUCUUCUAUUGAUAACCAUUCGUUUUCCAGCGAUUCUACGAAAAAAAGUCCGCAGCCUUACUGCCCCCUUUUUUAUAUUGACUGUUCAAUCGAAAAUAUACAAAAAAAAAAUCGGCAAUAUUUUAUCUUGUUACACAACUAAUUCUGUGACAAUGGUAUCUAGAGGAAUUCCUUGGCUUGAACUUUUUAAAUUUCGGUGCACGAUUUUUUUAAUUUCUUAACUCGAAAGAGAAACAAGCAGGGUUGUAAGCCUUUUUGGCAGAAGGCAUGUGACGUUUACUUUUUUUUUCUACCAAUUCCAUUGUUAAUAAGUUUCCGAAUGGAUCCGUACAAUUUCGCAAAUAAUAACUACUCAAAAAGCUAUUCAUAUUGGUGAGGGGAAUAAACCAUACCGCCCUCUGACUCAGAGCUAUACAAUUUCAUCAUGUAAAUGUCAUAAGAGCUACAAUUUUACCAAAUUUUAACUUCUACCUCUGUCAUAGCUAUGACAUUUCAUCAAAUACAAAACACUAUAAAUUGUUGUUAUGAUUUUUUAAGUCAUAUAGCGACGAAAAUCAUUGAUAAAAUGACGAUGUGUAAUUUUUUAGAAUAAAAAAAUUUUUGGAUAAAUUGCUCUAUGCCCGGAUGUACUGAAUCGAUUGACACAAAAUUUUAUACA